AUGGCCUCCCAAGUGUGUCAGAACUACCACAAGGACUGUGAGGCUGCUGUUAACAAGCAGAUCAACCUGGAGCUCUAUUCCUCCUAUGUUUACCUCUCCAUGUCCUCUUACUUUGACCAGGAUGAUGUUGCCCUGUGUCACUUUGCUGAGUUCUUCAAGGAGCAGUCCCAUGAGGAACGGGAACACGCUGAGAAACUGAUGGAAUUCCAGAAUAAACGUGGAGGCCGAGUCCUCCUGCAGGAUGUCAAGAAGCCAGAGCAGGAUGAGUGGGGCAAUGGUCUGGAGGCAAUGCAGAGAGCUCUGCAGAUGGAGAAGGAUGUGAACCAGAGUCUGCUGGAUCUGCACAAACUCUCCUCUGGCCACACUGACCCUCAUCUGUGUGACUUCCUGGAGAGGCACUACUUGGAUGAGCAAGUGAAGAUGAUCAAGAAGCUGGGAGAUCACAUCACCAACCUGAAGAGACUGGGAGCCGCUGAGAAUGGCCUGGGAGAGUACCUGUUUGACAGGCUCACCCUGGGGGAGAGUGACUGAACUGUGUACUUCUCAGUUGGGCUUUGU